AUCUAAACUGUCAAUGUCAAAAGCUAAAAUCGGAGUUCGCAUUUUCAUAUCACAGUGCUCAGUGGAAUUCAUUUUUUGCUAAUGUGUACAAAAUUGAGGAAGAUAUCAUUCGAAUCAUGUCGAUUGCGGCGCAGUUGCUGAUUAACCUUAUCGCACCCCGAUAGUGUUCACCUGCGCGGGUCACCGAGAUGUAUUGUUUGCAAUGGCUGAUCCCCGUGCUGUUAAUACCGAAGCCUGUAAACCCGGCGUUAGUGAAUACACACGUAAUGUUCAUGGUCUUGUACCUGAUAGGAUUUUUUUUAGAACGGAAGCCGUGUACAGUGUGCAGUGUAGUCUUCCUAGCCGCAGUGAUCCUGAUUUGUUAUAGCGGCAUAGGAAAUUGCUUGUUUUGGGGAACUCAGUGCGAAGGGGAAAAGUAUGAGACCUAGCCGAGCUGUGCUUCCAGAGUUACCAAUCAGUGCUCAAAGUAAAACCAAGUGUUCCAGUCGCGCGAAGUGGCAGGAAAUUUAACAGUCGACGUGGACUGCACACGGUGUUAUAUUUUAUAUUUUUGUAAAUAAUGUAAAUUUUCAAAUUUACAUUUCUGUAUUGUUGUGUAUGUUGGCCGGUUGCAAUCAAGUACUUUUUAUGUAAUAUAAACAGGAGGGAAUUUUUUCUAGCUAUUAAAAUAAUAUCACAAUACACAUAUCUGGAGGGUCAUAAACUAAACCAGCAAAUUAACUCAUGACAGUGUAUUGAUCUUAUAUACCUACCAUAAUGUGAAGAAAAUUAAUUACUUCAUUUUAGCAAUACUUUUGUACAGAUAUUUAGACUGAUGUUCCAUGAUCCCGUUUCACUUCAGAUCAAAAGUGAGAUUUGUGGAUAACAUCUGAGAAGUUAGCCCUAUAUUUAAAUAGAAGGAACUGGGUGAAAUGAUCCCAGAAUGGGAGGGCUGAACAUCUGGACUGGUACCCAUAACCAGGAAAUAAUAACCAUAUAUUUUGUCUUUCUUUGAUUUGUUAUUUUAACUACUAAUACUUAUAAACUAACUGGAUGUAUAAGUAAUCUUUUUAUAAUUAACUGUAUCAACAGUAGUGUUAUAAUUUUGUUAGAACUUAAUACAUAACUUUUUGAAACUGACAUAUUUGGGAAAAGUCUUUGUGACCUAAAUGACCUUACAAAAUAAGUCUGACAUAUGCCUGCAUGUUAAUUGCUAUUUUUGUUUUUUCUAUUAUGUGCAAUAAAUGUUUACAGACAUAGUGUAAUAUGGCAAUCUUCUCAUAGAUCUUUUUAAUAUUUUAUAAGUCUGUCUUAAGGAACAGGUAUGAGUUAAUACUUACUUCCCUCGAGGACUAUUCACAGUUAAUUAUUCAACAAAAUUUAAGUAACAGUUGUUUACAAUCACUUAUAUUAAUUGUUUACAAACUUUUAAGUCUUAACUCUCCUUUUCAUUAAAAAGUUAAGGUUAAAAGUAUAUUUUGUCACUAUCAAAUACUGUAAAGUAAGAUAGAGACAAAACAUAAAUUAGUUUUAACUUUAUGAAUAAGAGGGUAAGACUUCUGCAAUGCAAAUUAUUUAAUUUGAUUUAUAAAAAUCUCUAUUAUUGAAAUAUGUUAUAGAAAUGCAUUCACAUAGUAACUUUAGUUAAUUGAAUUGUAAAAAUAAACUUUUUGACUACUUUACAGAUAUAGUUGUGAUAGGAUUUUGGAGGAAUAAGAAUUUUAUAUUUAUUGUAGCCGGCCCAUGACAUUGUCGCUAGGAUUGUACAUUUCUGUACUUAUAUCUCAAUGUUUUGUUAUUCAUUAUUAUGUGAUAAUUGAUGUACAGUUAUUGUUAAUUAUUGAUUAUUAUUAUAUUGUGAAUUACAACAUGGGAAUACAA